GAGUGUUUACAUGACUCUCCACGCAGAUACAUUCACACUCAUAUACGUUUCUAUUAUGUAUACACACUAUAUUUGCAGUUUCAAACUCAAUCUAUAAUCGCAUCCAAAUUAAUAUGAAAACAAGCUUUUUAUGGCGAUGCAGCAUGCUGCUGAUACUAUGCCUCACUCUUUAUCUAAUCAGCAUUUCAUGCACCAACAAACUCCUCAUCUUCCCCGCUUCCUAUUUCUUUUAUCCACUGCUGAAAUCUGCACAAAUUUCUGAAUCAUUUCCCACAAACACCACUCCCACUAAUCUCAGCCACCUCGUCUUCGGGCUGCUCGGCUCCGAGAAGGGGUGGCGCCACCGCAGGGCCUACAUAGAGUCGUGGUGGCGGCCUAACGCCACACGGGGCGUUCUCUUCCUAGACAAAGCCCCAUCGGCGGCGCUCCUGCCGUGGCCGGCGGGUCUGCCGCCAUACAAGGUGUCGGAUGACCUGAGCGGAAUAUUGAAGAAAUCGGACAUCCGGGCGCAGAGGAUGGUGCAUGGGAUCAUGGAGGCGGUGAGGGAGAUGGGCGAUGAAGAGUUCCGGUGGCUGGUGAUGGGAGACGACGAUUCCAUAUUUUACGUGGAUAACAUAGCGGACGUGGUGGCGACGUACGACCACAGCAAGUAUUUCUACCUCGGCGGGCAGUCGGAGUUCAUCAUGUCGAGUUAUUGGUUCUCGUUCAACCAGGCAUUUGGUGGAGCAGGGAUCAUCUUGAGUGCACCUCUGGCUAAAGCUUUGGCUGCGGAUAUGGAGAAUUGUUUGAAGAGAUAUGCGUUCUUGAAUUCUGCUGAUAAUACAACCAAGAAUUGCAUUGCUGAUAUCGGAGCGAAUCUAUCACCCCAAAUGGGGAAUCACCAGAUUGAUUUACGUGGUGAUAUAUCGGGUCUGCUGUCAGCCCAUCCACUUUCUCCAUUACUCUCCCUCCACCACUUGGAUGCCGUGGACCCAAUAUUUCCGUCCAAAGACCGUUUCGAAUCCACUCGCCACCUCAUGACAGCGGCAGCAGCCGAUCAGUCCAGGAUGUUGCAGCAAAUCAUCUGUCAUCACAGGAAAAGACAUUGGUCUAUCUCAAUUGCUUGGGGCUACUCUGCACAGAUAUACGAAACAAUCUUGCCGCGCAGCUACCUACAGAUGCCCAUCGAGACAUUUCGUCAGUGGCAGAUAACUCCUCGUCGUCCAUAUUAUAGGUUCAAUACGCGGCGGCGCUCGAGCGGCCCGUGUAAAGCCCCUCACAAUUUCUUUCUGGAGGCGGUGGAGAAAGCAGCGAAAAGUCCUGAAAUCAUCACUACAUAUGCUCGAUCGCGGCCUCGUCCUCUGGCCUCGUGUUCCUUAAUCGGCUCUCAUUCAGCAAAUGGUAUCCACAUGAUUAAAGUGUAUUCACCCGCAGCUAAGCGAAAUCAGAUGGAUAGAUGUGAGUGUUGUGACAUCAUUGGAUUGGACAAUGUUAUGGCGGAAAUCAGAAUUAGGGAUUGCAUGACCAAAGAAAUAAUCGCUUAAAUUAAAGAAAGUCUCAUAAAAUAUAGGGAGCUUCCCUUAUGUAGUCUCAUGGGGAAGUAUGUUGUAGUGGCUGUUUGUAUACGAUUUAUGAAAAAUUGCAAAAAAAUUUAUCACAAGUUCUUUUGUACUAUAA